AUGACCGACGACAGCUGGAUCACGGAAUCGAUUGUGCAGUUCACGCACUCGCCGCUGUGGCGCACACCCGUCAAUAAUUUUGUGGAUGACAACUGCUGGAUCUUCUCUGACGACGGGGAGAUGAAGGUGGAAGAGACAGAGAUUCACAUCGCGUUUCGGAAGCUCAUCGACGACCUUCUCACCUCCUUCGUGAAGGACAUUGGCGUCACGCUCGAGAGGGUCAUCGCGGCGGUGCAUAACUCCAGGCGUGACGUGUCCCCCACACAGGAGGCCGCCGAACAGUUCCUUAAGUAUGUCUUCUACAUGGACGACUUCCGCUGCUUCCACACGAUGAUGGUGAGUCGGAAUAUUGAGCUGGAUAUUCUAGCCUCUCGCGCAUUGCUACAACAACAGAAACACGGUGAAGACGCCGACAACGCCAACCUUGACGAGGCGGCGAUUGACGAAGAAACGGCGCUCAAGUUGGCCAUUGAGGCCUCACUGCAGGAUGACAACAUUAUGCAGAAGCGUAUUGAAUUGGAGGAUGUUCAGAUACAAGAAGCCCUCGCCCUCUCUAUCGCUGCGGAGGAGGAGCGAGCGCGACGCGUGGCCACUGAAGUGGAGAAGGAGGCCACACAGUCGGGUGGCCCCACUUCCGAAGCGUCCAAGGAAAAGCUAAAGGCUCUCGAAGAGGAGAAGGUACAGAAUGUUCAAAAACUGGAGGCCCGUGCACUUGAGGUGCGUCAGGAAACCAUGCUGCGCCGCAUCACUGCAACACAGGAGAUGCCGGCUUCCCUAUCAGGGUCGCCAUCGCUAGACAACACACCACAACGUGUUUCUGCUCCUCAGUCUCAGUCGCAGCCGCAGCAGAAAGUGCCAGCUGCGGUGCCACCCUCAGCAUCGGCCCCGUCCAAUUCCGCCGCACCGGCGCGUGUGACUGCCGCUAAGGGCUUCGGCUUCAAGGCGCUUCCCUCCAUUCAGCCCUCCUUCAAGGAGCUCGAAGCGAAGGUGGCGGAGAAAGUCGCUCCGGCGACCGCCAAGCCGCCCGAGCAGCAGCCCGAGGCAAAUCCAACAAAAGCCGCACCCUCAUUGGAGGAAAUGGAAGCCCGUGCCAAAUACAUGCGUGAGCAGCGUGAAAAGAUCCUCUUACGGAACAAGGCGAACCGUGAAAAGGAGCUUAAGGAUUUUGCUGCCAACGGUGAGAAACCAAACGCAAAAUCGAAUGGUCUUCAGGAUGGUGAAAAGAAGAUGACGAUUGACCUGGCACGUCGUCUGCGUGAUGACAUAAUUCGUGAGGCAACCAAAUAG